UUAAUACUGUACAGUGCAUAUCGCCGCCAGCAAUUCUUCAUUGCGCGCUGUUCUUUCGGAAGCGUUCGCCUUGACUCGACAAGCCAUUGUUCAUGAUAUCUCAUAAAAAGCCUCAUAUCGUUUUAUUACCACUGUUUUAUUUUCUGGCGUUUAUUGCAAACUGUGAGCGGUAUUUUCUCCUGUGCACGAUCCUCGCGGAAGCCAAUCUCAUCCGUUUUCUCCAUGCUGUGCGUGCUGCUGGCCUUCGACUGUCGAACGUUGAUUAUUUCGCUUGACCAUUAUCGGCGCAAAAAUGCCAUCUUCCUCUCCUGCAAACGAUAGCCAGAUCAUUCGGGCGGCUCGUUUUACCGCCGGACACGACGACGAAGAUGGUCUGUCUCAAGAAGACUACAUCCAGCGCGAACUGAAGUAUAACUGCCAUAAUUAUCACCCAAUUCCGGUUGUGCUUGCCCGCGGAGAAGGCGUGCAUCUUUGGGAUACGGAUGGACGCCGGUAUUAUGACUUCCUGAGCGCAUACAGCGCUGUCAAUCAGGGUCAUUCUCAUCCCAAGAUUCUCAAAGCUCUCGUUGAUCAAGCGAGCGUGCUAACGCUAACAAGCCGGGCAUUUUACAACGAUGUUUUGGGAGAGUAUGCGGAAAAGAUCACUGCGUUAUUCGGGUACGAUAAGGUGUUGCCAAUGAAUACCGGCGUGGAAGCUAAUGAAACCGCGUGCAAACUGGCACGACGAUGGGGCUACAGAGUGAAAAAGAUCCCGGAUAACGAGGCCGUUAUCGUCUUCGCAGAAGGGAAUUUCUGUGGCAGGACUAUGGCGGCCAUUUCCGCUUCGACGGAUCCGGUCAGCUAUGCCGGUUUCGGGCCCUACAUGCCUGGAUUCCAUAUCAUUCCAUACAACAAUCUAACGGCCUUGGAGGAAGCUUGUCAACACCCCAACGUUUGCGCCUUCAUCGUCGAGCCGAUUCAGGGUGAAGCCGGAAUAAUCGUCCCCGAUGAAGGUUACUUGAAGGGCGUGCGGGAGAUCUGCACCAAAUACAACGUUCUUUUCAUCGCCGACGAAAUCCAGACGGGACUAGGCCGCACUGGAAGGCGGCUGUGCUGCGAUCAUGAAGGGGUUCGGCCCGAUAUUAUUACGCUGGGUAAAGCGCUAUCCGGAGGGAUCAUGCCGGUUUCGGCAGUUCUGGCCGAUAACGAGGUAAUGUUGACGAUUAAACCCGGCGAACACGGUUCGACAUAUGGCGGAAAUCCGUUGGCAUGUCGCGUGGCUCUGGCUGCUCUGGACGUUUUGGAGAACGAGCACCUAGCGGCACGAGCGGACAAGCUGGGUCAUCGGUUGCGCGAAGAACUCAAGGCCAAUUUGCCCUCGGAUAUCGUUACGUGUGUGCGCGGAAAAGGCUUGAUGAACGCGAUCGUCAUAGCGCCACAAUACGAUGCCUGGGACGUGUGCAUCCGGCUGAAAGACAACGGUCUGCUGGCCAAACCCACCCAUGGCGAUAUUAUCCGUCUGGCACCACCACUGAUUAUGACGGACGAAGAACUCAGCGAAUGCGUAGAAAUCAUCAAGAAGACAAUCUUUUCCUACAAGAAAUAAGUGUUUUACUAAUUAUUCUUACAUAUUUUAGCUAAUGUGUUGUUAUAUUUUGUUAAUAUUCCAUCUAGCUGGUGCAUACUGCUGCUGCUUUCUGUUGUAAUUUUUCAGUUGCAGUGUGGUGUGCGCGGCUAACCUGGACUUACGUAUGCUACUGGCUUUGCUUUACGCAGAGUGUUGUUUUUCGUUCAUAUUGAAUUGCCAAUUGGUCAGGCCGGUCAUUUCUGUAGAAGUCAGUCUAUUUUUGCUUAUUGUUAAAGAUGUGGUCAUUAUUUUCGCAGUUAUUUAUUUUUAUGGUUGUACGUGAAUAGUGAAUAUCUACAAAUAUUGUGCAAUGUACUGCAAUAAUGUGGAUAACGUGAAUAAAUUAUGAAGGAAGCAAA